UUCUCCGGGAGUCCGGAGCAGCCAAGGACCGAGCUGAGCUAGCGAAGCGCGGCGCCUGCGGGAAGCCAGGACAGCAGCAACCUCGCCGCGACAUGCGGGCCUCAGGAUUGUGCCAAUGAGGACCUAAGGCAUCUGCCUGCUGACCAUCCCAGCCUGCAGUGACCAUGGCUCUGAGCAAGAGGAGUCACCAUGGCCUGGGCUUCCUUUGCUGCUUUGGAGGCAAUGACCUCCCUGAGAUCGACCUCCGGGACAACCACCCGUUACAGUAUCUGGAGUUCUCUGGUCCCAUGCCGAACCCAGAGGAGCUCAACGUCCGCUUUGCAGAGCUGGUGGAUGAAUUGGACCUCACAGACAAAAACCGAGAGGCUGUGUUUGCACUACCACCCGAGAAGAAAUGGCAGAUCUACUGCAGCAAAAGGAAGGAGCAAGAGGACCCCAACAAGCUGGCCACCAGCUGGCCCGACUAUUACAUUGAACGUAUCAACUCCAUGGCUGCGAUGCAGAACCUGUAUGAAUUUGAUGAGGAGGAGACGGACACGAGGAACCAAGUUGUAGAAGACCUGAAGACAGCCCUCCGGACCCAGCCCAUGAGGUUCGUGACCCGCUUCAUCGAGCUGGAAGGCUUGGCCUGCCUGCUGAAUUUCCUCCGGAGCAUGGACCAUGCCACCUGUGAGAGCCGCAUCCACACGUCUCUCAUCGGCUGCAUCAAGGCUCUGAUGAACAACUCCCAGGGACGGGCACAUGUCCUGGCACAACCUGAGGCCAUCAGUACCAUCGCACAGAGUCUGCGCACCGAGAACAGCAAGACGAAGGUUGCAGUGCUGGAGAUUCUGGGUGCAGUGUGCCUUGUGCCCGGAGGCCACAAGAAGGUUCUCCAGGCCAUGCUGCAUUACCAGGUGUAUGCAGCUGAACGUACUCGUUUCCAGACACUGCUGAAUGAGCUGGACCGAAGUUUGGGUCGGUACCGGGAUGAGGUAAACCUAAAGACAGCCAUCAUGUCCUUCAUCAAUGCCGUCCUCAAUGCUGGGGCUGGAGAGGAUAACCUGGAAUUCCGCCUCCAUCUCCGGUAUGAGUUCCUGAUGCUGGGGAUCCAACCUGUGAUUGAUAAACUCCGACAACACGAGAACGCCAUCCUGGACAAGCACUUAGACUUCUUUGAGAUGGUACGGAACGAGGACGACCUGGAGCUAGCCCGGAGGUUUGACAUGGUUCACAUCGACACAAAAAGUGCCUCCCAGAUGUUUGAGCUGAUCCACAAGAAGCUGAAGCACACGGAGGCCUACCCCUGCCUUCUCUCCGUGCUGCACCACUGCCUGCAGAUGCCAUACAAACGGAAUGGUGGCUACUUCCAGCAGUGGCAGCUCCUGGACCGAAUCCUUCAGCAGAUUGUGCUUCAGGAUGAGCGGGGCAUGGAUCCUGACCUGGCCCCGCUGGAAAACUUCAACGUCAAGAACAUCGUCAAUAUGCUCAUCAAUGAGAACGAGGUGAAGCAGUGGCGAGACCAAGCCGAGAAGUUCCGGAAGGAACACAUGGAGCUCGUGAGCCGGCUGGAGAGAAAGGAGCGGGAGUGUGAGACAAAGACGCUGGAGAAGGAGGAGAUGAUGAGGACCCUGAACAAGAUGAAGGACAAGCUGGCCCGGGAGUCACAGGAGCUGCGCCACGCUAGGGGACAAGUGGCAGAACUGGUAGCCCAACUCAAUGAUAUCUCAGCGGGCCCAGUGUCUUCUCCACCUCCCCCUGGAGGUCCGCUCACCCUGUCUUCCUCCACAACAACCAAUGAUCUGCCUCCACCCCCACCCCCUCUCCCCUUUGCCUGCUGCCCACCCCCACCCCCACCACCCCUUCCUCCUGGAGGGCCUCCUAUCCCCCCAGGUGCCCCACCCUGCUUCAGCUCAGGCAUGCCCCUGCCUCAGGAUCCCUACCCCAGCAAUGAUGCUCCACUCAGGAAAAAGCGCACCCCCCAGCCUUCACACCCACUGAAGUCCUUCAACUGGGUCAAGCUGAAUGAGGAGCGUGUCUCUGGUACCGUGUGGAAUGAGAUUGAUGACAUGAAGGUAUUUCGAAUUCUGGAUCUGGAAGAUUUUGAAAAAAUGUUCUCUGCUUAUCAGAGGCACCAGGGUGGCGUGCAGGAGGGUCCCCAGAGAGAGAGAGGAAACGUGAGAGAUGGAGGGACUCCAAGCAGACCUCUGCCAGCCGCGGAGGCGAAUGUCCGCAGAACGGAGAAUGCACCCAGGGCUCUUGUGUCCCCUGCCAGUCCCAAGAAAGAACUGGGCUCCACGGAGGACAUCUACCUAGCCUCCCGAAAGGUCAAAGAGCUGUCAGUCAUUGAUGGCCGGAGGGCCCAGAACUGUAUUAUUCUUCUCUCCAAGUUGAAACUUUCUAACGAGGAGAUACGGCAGGCCAUCUUGAGGAUGGAUGAAGAAGAAGACCUUGCUAAGGAUAUGCUGGAGCAGCUCCUCAAGUUCAUCCCAGAGAAGAGCGACAUCGACCUCCUCGAGGAGCAUAAGCACGAGAUUGAGCGGAUGGCGCGCGCAGACCGCUUCCUCUAUGAAAUGAGCAGGAUUGACCACUACCAGCAGCGACUCCAGGCCCUCUUCUUCAAGAAGAAAUUCCAGGAACGGCUGGCAGAGGCCAAGCCCAAAGUCGAAGCCAUCCUGCUGGCCUCCAGGGAGCUGACCCUCAGCAAGCGUCUGAAGCAGAUGCUGGAGGUGGUCCUAGCCAUCGGUAACUUCAUGAACAAGGGACAGCGCGGGGGUGCCUACGGGUUCCGGGUAGCCAGUCUCAACAAGAUUGCUGACACGAAGUCCAGUAUUGACAGGAACAUCUCUCUGCUUCAUUACCUGAUCAUGAUCCUGGAGAAGCACUUCCCUGACAUCCUAAACAUGCCCGCGGAGCUGCGGCACCUAUCAGAAGCCGCCAAAGUCAACUUGGCAGAGCUGGAGAAGGAGGUGGGCAAUCUCAGGAGGGGCCUCCAAGCAGUGGAGGUGGAGUUGGAAUAUCAAAAGUGCCAGGCACGGGACCCCAAUGACAAAUUUGUUCCUGUCAUGACUGACUUCAUCACAGUGUCCAGCUUCAGUUUCUCAGAGCUAGAGGACCAGCUCAAUGAGGCCAGGGAUAAGUUUGCCAAGGCGUUGACACACUUUGGAGAACAGGAAAGUAAGAUGCAGCCGGACGAGUUCUUCGGCAUCUUUGAUACCUUCUUGCAGGCCUUCUUGGAGGCCCGGCAGGACCUGGAGGCCAUGAGGAGGAGGAAAGAGGAGGAUGAGCGGAGGGCACGCAUGGAAUCCAUGUUGAAGGAGCAGCGUGAAAAAGAGAGAUGGCAGAGGCAGCGGAAGGUUCUGACAGGCGGCACGCUGGAGGAGAGUGGAGAGUUCGAUGACCUGGUGUCAGCUCUGCGUUCUGGAGAAGUUUUUGACAAGGACUUAAGCAAGUUCAAGCGCAACCGCAAGCGAACAGGGACUCAGGCUCCAGAGGUCACCCGCGAGCGGGCAAUAAACAGGCUAAAUUAUUGACUUGGGGACCCGGUACUGGCCACAUAGCAGCAGGCCUGGAGAUAGGGAGACAGGAGCUAAAGAGAAGCAGCAAUGACCGAAAUGAUUUGGAAGGCUGGGUUUGGGAGCCCUAGGCUGGGUCCUAGGGCCUGUGUGCGGCUAGACCAGGUGUCUCCCACACUGAUGGACGGUCUUCUCUCAUCUCUCCGCUACAUUAUUCACGUCCUGUCUCUCCCUGUGACCCUCCCUCUCCUGACCGUCAUUGUCUAAGACCAGCUUGCAUAUCCCUGGCAGGCCCUGGGCUUUGGUCAGGAAAUCCCAGGCUGGAGGACAUGGUUCUCCACACCUUACAUUGGCACAGAGCUGUUUAAAAUCCAGAAGACCACAUUCCCUUUCCAAACUCUCAUACAUUAUGUGGUGGAGUGGGACCCGAGAGCCAGCAGCAGGGACUCAUGGCUCCCAUCGGAAGAGACAGGUCAAUGGAACAUGGAUCUGGGGUAGACUAGAGGCCUUAUGUGUUCUAGUGAGAUAGCUCUAGUCCAGAAGGACGCAUGUAGAAAGGGACCAGACCCAGCAAGUGAGUUGUUUGCAUUUUUUCUAGAGUAGGUUCUGGGGUCUCUCUUCUCCCAGCCACCCCCAUCCCACCCACUAAUCUCUGGUCCCCAGAUUCAUCUCUUGAUUGCAGAACUCUGGCUCCCCAGCAGCUUAUAGUAUGGCUCUGGUAAGAAGGGGUAUCUAAGAAGGCCCUCCUUCACUGCUUUACCAGGUUCAGGCAUAGGGGCCCCAAAGCAACCUGACCAUUGUCUGGGUUUCCAGUGGUUUCUGACCAGAGGACAACACUCAAAUGCUUCACUCCCGUGGGAGUGCCUCACUGCCAGCUCACGUGGCUGGCCCCUUCCAUGCCAGUGGUCUCUCAGGCUCCAUCUGAGGUCACGCAGAGCUCCGUGUACUCGGCUGCAGCUGGCCUUGGGAGCUGUUCCUGAGGGCGAGACACCUAGAUGGGGCUGAGAGAAUGGGGGAGGAGAGCUUCCGAAGGAUGCUCACCUCAGGGUUUUGCCCCUGCAUCGUGCCCAGUUUGGUGCCUCAGCCUGACUUGUGUGGGGCCCCUCUGGCCCUGUUUACUCUCUGUCCAUCUUCAGUUGUUUUUAAAGGCACAGGUGGGCAGCACUGCUCUAUCUAAGCAAAUGUUCUACAUGGAGCAGGGAAGAUCAACUCCGCGAAGGUUCUAAUUGUCUCGAGCACCUGUUCCCUUUCACCUUGAGACCAGUCUUGCAUGGUUACCAUCUGCCAGCUCCUGGACCAUCGCAUCUAACCCCCUGUCUCAGCGUCAUUGCCAGUGGCUGUGGCUCUUCAGGCCUGUAACUGCCCAUCUUGUUUUCCUGCAUGAGACUCUCAGGAGGUGGGGACAUAGUAGCCGUGGGGAGGAGAAACACGGGGUUCAGCUGGGCAUGUGCACUGAUUUGGGGCAGCAAGUAUGAAGAAGCCAGCCUGAGAGGGCAAAAGGGCUUCUCAGAAGAGUGGCUAAUGUCCCCCGCCCCGACAAGCAAAGCCUUGAGAGUGAGGAGGCUGGAGCUGGACCACUUCCCAUCUCCUUCCAAACUGGCCAGGCUGUCAGCCUAACAAGCUGGCCAGCAGGGCAGGCAGCAGGCGUGACUGUGUUCUGCCUUCCCAAGCACCAUAAAGACUGGACAAGCACUGGGAAAGACAAGAUGAAAGUUCCUGAAAGAACGUGUUGGAUCCUCAGAAAAGCUAUUUGGCAUCUCUCCAGAGCCCAGCCAUUUCACCCCAAAGAAUUUUGCCUUCUCUAUUUAUUAUUUUCCAAAUCUGGCCAGUGGCUCUGGUGCUGUAUGUCUUUGUAACCAGAUUUCAACAGUGCCUUGGACCACAGACCACUAUGGGUGACUGAGCAGGAAGUGACUGGUGCCCAGUGGGGGUCCUCAGUGUUAGAUGACGUCUACCCCAGUACUGCCCCACCCUUCCUGCUGCCUGUGGGCCCACUGCUCCAGGUAACCUUGUGCACAAUGCAAGAUUCACAGUCCAGCCAACACAUCCCUUCUCAGCAGCGGCAAACUUCCCCAAAUGUAAGUUUGUCCAGGGAGUAGAAGGACAACGCUCUCCAGGUGGGUAGAGUCGGGUACAGGCGCUUCCCAUCCACUCCUAUUGCCACCAACUGAGGAGCUGUGACCACCUCCCCAGGACAUCUGUCAACCUUCAUGCCAAGACCACUCACCAGCUGCUGCAGAAGACAAAUAAGGCUCAUAUAUGUACAGAAUCUACAGUGUCCUUUUUACCCUUUUUUAAGAAUAUAUUGUAAUACUAAAAGAUAUUAAAUUCAUCCUCACCCCAA